AUGAAUGUUCUAUGUUGGAACUGUAGGGGUGCGGGUAACAAAGGUUUUGCUUCACUAGUCAAUGAUAUGAUUUAUAACCAUGAGGUGGGACUUCUUUGCUUGCUUGAAACCCAUAUAAGUGGUGAAAGAGCUAUGGAAGUAACUAGAAGAAUCCUGCUCGACAAGAAGUUCUUAGUACAUGCACAAGGUCAUUAUGGGGGUCUUUGGUGUCUUUGGGAUCCUAAGAGAUGGAAUAUUGAAGUUGUUCACCACUCCUUCCAAUUUAUUCACCUUAAGGUUCUGAAUGAUUCUUCCCAUUGGUUUUGCACGAUAGUUUAUGCUAGUCCACAUCCUCAAGAUAGGGUUGUGCUUUGGAGGGAAUUGACCCAAAUCUCAAAGCAUAUUGAUGGUCCCUGGAACUUGGUUGGUGAUUUCAAUGCUGUUCUGCAUCAGCAUGAAAGGAUGGGAAGGGCACUCAAUGCUAACCUUUGUGGGGACAGUGCCUUCCGUAACUUUGUAGAUCAAUGCAGCCUAAUGGAUAUUGGGUUUAAUGGUUCUCCCUUCACAUGGAAAAGAGGCAACUAUAUGAACGCUUGGACAGGUGUCUAG